UUAACCACCGCGCGUUACUUUUCCGGCGUCGAAUUCAUCGCUCGUGCACCACAUUAUCGGAGCCUCUGAAGCGUUGAGCAUUGGAAAUUGACCCGUAAUGCAAUAUUCGAAGGACAUAUGAUCCCGUCUGGUGCUUGAAACGAUACCGAAAUUACUACUCGUCAAAUUGACGGGUCGAAAAUCAAAGACGGUGUUAUUAAAUUGUAAAAUAUUUUGGGAAGUGUGGAUAAAGGUCAAUUUACCAUUCAGCCUGACGGGUGAAAAUGAUGCGGAAUACUUCAUCGUUCGCCAGAUUUUCGCUGGCAGUAUUGCGGUCGAAUGUUUCCGCGAACAGGCAUAGGAGUACCGUCGUUCUAUCCGAUGAAAAUUUUCAAGAAACCGCCGACGCCGAAUGGAAAAUUGCGAAGCCGUACAAUCUGAUACCUGGACCAGAGCCACUUCCGGUUCUCGGAAAUAUUCCAAAGUUUAUUCCGAUCGUCGGUAAGUAGCGUUUCGACAAAUUUUAUUUCCAAUGAAAAAUUCUAGUCCCAACAUUCUGCGAGUUCAAGGCGAAUACGGAAAGCUGCCAAUGUUGGAGAUGGUGGAUCGAUUGCGUAAAACCUACGGCGACAUUGUCCGGCUCCAAGGGAUUCCGGGUCGACGACGCUGCGUCUUUCUCUUCGAUCCGAACGAUUGUGAGAAAGUGUACCGGACGGAAGGUCCUUGGCCCUCCAGGAUUUCGAUGGAGACGAUUAAGUUGUAUCGCGAGCAGAGACACGAAGUGUACAAGGGUGAAUCCGGGCUUGUGUCAAGCCAGGGUGAAGAAUGGCAUCGGUUUCGUUCGAAAGUUAACCAACAUUUAAUGCAGCCAAGAACAAUCCGGCCUCACAUCGGUCCAAUCAACGAAGUGGCGGAUGAUUUCAUUGAGAGGAUUCGCAGUAUUCGAAAUUUCGAGUCCCUCGAAAUGCCGGCUACUUUUAACAACGAGAUGAACAAGUGGGCUCUGGAAUCUAUGUGCGUAAUUGCCUUCGACCAUCGCAUAGGAUGCCUCGAGCCCAAUCUGAAAAUAGAUUCCGAACCUCAGCUCCUCAUUAAUAAUGUCCACAGUAUGUUCGACCUCAUGUACAAACUCGAGAUUCUACCGUCUCUCUGGAAACUUUACAAGACCCAAAACCUGAGAGAGUUUUUCCGAGUUUUGGACAACUUGACGAGAAUAACUGGCAAAUACGUGGAUCAAGCAAAGCAACGGCUUGCCAAGAAGUCGGUGGAGAACAUCGGAGACAGAAGUAUGCUGGAGAGACUGAUCAGCGUCGAUGAGCACACAACCACUGUGAUGAUAAUGGACAUGUUGACAGCCGGAGUAGACACCACAAGCAACACUGCCACGGGUGCGCUGUACCACAUAGCAACGAAUCGUAACGUUCAGGAAAAACUACGGAAAGAAGCCAUUAAUGUUCUGCCCAGUAAAACUUCUCCCGUGACAUUAGACGUCCUUAGCAAUAUUCCAUACCUGAAGGCUGUACUUAAGGAAAGUUUGAGACUGAUGCCAAUCGCUGUUGGCAACUUGAGGACCACAAAUACAAACGUUGCAAUUCGUGGCUACAGGAUCCCCAAGGGUGAUGACUUGAUCAUGUGUCACUCACUGAUGAGCAAAGAUUCCAAGUACUUUCCGAAUCCAGAGAAAUUCCUUCCGGAAAGAUGGCUGAAGGAUUCUGCUGGGACGAUUCACUCGGCCAAGAACGCUCAUCCCUUCGCCUACAUGCCGUUUGGUUUCGGUCCACGAACCUGCAUUGGAAGGCGUUUUGCUCAACUUGAAAUGGAAACGCUCCUGAUCAAGAUAGUAAGGAACUUUCACUUGGAAUGGAACCGUGGAAAGCUCAAGCUCAGAAGCGGAUUCAUAAAUACUGUCGAGUCACCGUUUCAGGGCCGACUUUACAAGAUGAUACUAGGGAAUUCAACGCUCGUCAGAUUGACGCUCGCAUUCUCGCGCUCCGAAACGAUCAUUUCAAAAAGAAGUGCAACUACUGCAACCGGCGUUCAAUCACAAAGUACUUUUGACGUCGAGUGGAAAGCUGCCAAGCCUUAUGAGUCCAUCCCGGGACCAAAACCGCUUCCAGUACUUGGGAAUGUCCUGAGGUUCCUUCCAGUUGUCGGUGAAUUCCAAAAUAUAUCUACAGCGGAUUUGAUGAAGCAGCUACGUCAAAAGUACGGGGACGUUGUGAAACUUGAGGGAAUUCCGGGACGACGACGUUGCGUAUUUUUCUUCGACCCGGUAGAUGCCGAGAAAAUAUACCGGACAGAAGGAUCUUGGCCCAGCAGGAUCACCUCUGGGCCGCUAAAGCUGUACCGGAAACGGAAGGAGGGCCUCUUCAAAGGAGAGUAUGGUCUACUUCCCAGUCAGGGAGAGAAAUGGCAUCAGUUCCGGGUGAAAGUUAACCAGUACUUCAUGCAGCCCAGGACGAUCCUCCCACACGUGGGUCCAGUUGAUCAGGUGGCGAUGGAUUUCGUAGAAAUGAUUUGCAGUCUCCGAGAUCCUGAAUCCCUCGAGAUGCCAGCCACGUUUAACAAUGAGAUACAUAAAUGGGCUCUGGAAUCGAUAUGCGUGAUUGCGUUCGAUCAUCGCGUGGGAUGCCUCGAGCCCAAUCUUGCGAAAGACUCGGAACCUCAGGUCUUCAUCAACAAUGUAAGCGAAAUGUUUGAGCUCAUGUAUAAGCUUGAAGUACUACCAUCGUUAUGGAAAUUAUACGAUACUCGAAAUCUGAAGAAGUUAUUCAACAUUUUAGACAACAUGACCAGAAUAACGAGCAAAUACGUGAAUCAAGCGAAGCAACGUGUUGCCGAGAAGAAAGCGGAGGACGUUGGCGAUACAAGUAUUCUGGAAAGACUGAUUAGCGUCGAUGAACAGACAUCUACAGUGAUGAUAAUGGACAUGCUAUUGGCUGGGGUUGACACUACAAGCACUGCUGUUUCCGGCGCAAUGUGGUGCAUCGCGACAAACCCCGAAGCUCAAGAAAAACUGCGAGAAGAGGCCAUCAAGGUUUUGCCGACAAAAACGUCACCGGUAACCGCGAAGACUUUGAACAAUAUUCCAUACUUAAGGGCUGUCAUCAAAGAAAGUUUAAGGCUGGCACCAGUCGCAAUGGGUGUUCUUAGAACAACAAAUUCAGACGUCGUUAUUGGUGGUUACAGAAUUCCCAAAGGUGAUGACGUGGUCAUAUGUCACGGGCUGAUGAGCCUUGAUCCUGAGCAUUUUCCGGAUAACAUGAAGUUCCUUCCCGAAAGAUGGCUCAGGGAAUCCUCAAACUCAGUGUCUUGUACCAAGAAUGCUCAUCCCUUCGUUUACAUGCCCUUCGGUUUUGGCCCUCGUUCCUGCAUCGGGAGACGUUUUUCACAACUUGAAAUGGAAACACUCCUCAUAAAAAUGGUGCGGAACUUCCGCUUCGAAUGGCACUAUGGACCGUUAGAGAUGAAAAAUGGACUUCUCAACACUAUAACGACGCCAUUGAGAAUUAAAUUUAGUGACAUUUAGCCCAAAAAUCAUGAGAUCUGCAUCAUAAGGACCUCUAAUUAUAGGUAACCCUGAAUUACCCAUAACCAAGGUUCAUUACGGUGCGCAUUCACGUAAUCUCAUGAUACGACUAAAACAUUUUGUACAUCCAUCCGUUUGUUAACGGAUUUUCUCUAUUGAUAUGUAUACUUUUCGUAAUUUUUUUUUUGUGACACGUGUUUUACGUCUAAGCUGUCAAUGUUGUCAAAAUCAAAACUGUCUCUCUUGGUAUAAGUAUUUUUCACAGGCUGUGACAAUUCCUCUGUAGAACAUUUAUCAUAGUUUUUAUUUAGCCUGUAUACUGUAUUCAUUUAAUCAGGUAUUGGAGCACCACCUUUUAAUUAAGUGAACGAAUUAAAUUUAUUAAAUUGAA